AACUCAUAUUCUGACUAUAGUAACAGCUAUGUUAAAGAAAGAGCCUAGUGAAGUAGAAGAAGCUUUAUUGAAGACUUUGAAACUGAAACAAAUGGAACAGUAUCAUGAAGAUGAACCUCCUCAUUUGAACCCAGAAACUCAUAAACCUUAUAAGUAUUGAAUUCAUUAUUAUAAUAAUAGAAAGCAUCAUAAAAUUAAGUCUGAGUAAGUCUUGGAAUAUAUUUGUUGGUUAGCAAAUACUAAUAAAAUGUUUGAGGUUGCUUUAGGAACUUAUGAUUUUGAUUUGGUCAAAUAAGUAACAUAAUUCACAUUGAAGGAUCCUAAAGAAUAUUUACCAAUUUUGGAACGAUAUUCAUAAAUAAAAGAUCCUAUUGAUAUGAAAUCCACUAUCCAUAUUGAAUUAAAGAAUUAUGAUAAGGCUAUUAAAGUAUUAUCAGAAGGAAAUGAGGAAUAGAAAUAAAAAUCUAUUGAAUUAAUAAGAAAAUAAAACAGAUUUAGAAUAGCAUUGGAAGUAUAUAGAAAUGAUUAAGAAAUGAUGAAAAAAGUAAAGGAAGGUUUAGGAGUUUAUUUAAAUAAUUAAAAGUAAUAUCAUUAAGCAUCUUUGGCUUAUGAAAGUGCUGGAUUGUAUGUAAAAGUAGUUUAAGCAUCUUCUGAAAUAUUAGAUACUAAAAGAAUAUUAACUUUUGAUCCAAAAGAAGAUUAUUUAAAAAAUUAUAAUUAGAUUUUAUUAGCAGCUGGAAGUUGGAAGGAUUGUGGAUAAAUUUAAGAAUAUUUAAAGAAUUAUGAAUAAGCUAUUCAUUAUUAUUGUAAAGCAGAGGAAUGA